AUGGGAGCGAAUACUUCACAUGAUGGUGCUUCAAAUGAUGGUACUUCACAAAUCAACAGUCACAAUGACAGCCAUAAUGACAACCGUGUUGACAACAGUCAGAAAAUAUCAGGCCAAAACAUAUCAGGCCAAACCAUAUCAGGCGAUGGGGGACACAGUUUUUCCAUUGGCAACCAGACCAACACCACCAGUCUUUCAGGUAUGUAACCCUAUCCAGCAGGAGGGACUGUGUAAAUAAAUACAUUCAUAUUUUAUUGUUGUGCCACGUGGCCCAUUCCACAUGGGAUUAUAACACACAUUGAUAUUAGACAUGUCAAAGCAUAAAGUAAUUACAUGUCCAUAUACGUUCACAUUUCACAGCUCAGUUCCAGCACCAGCGUAAAAAUACAUUAAAAUAAACAACUAUUUAUUGUUGAUCAUAGCAUUGUUCUCAGCAAACUCCUAAUACUGACAACCGUAUGUAUUUCAGAACUGUCCAAUGACUCUCUCUCUUUCUCUUAGCUCAACUAAAUACUCCCCAACAAACUGUAGUACCCAGCAUCACCAUAGCCAACGUUACAGGCGGCAAGGUGCGUCUCUACUACAAUACAGUGCAGAUGGAUCUCAGUGACCUCAUCGAGGGGAGUCAACUCAAGAAGGGCGACUCCAUCCUCAUCCUGGAAGGAACCUUUAAGAAGACCCCCCUCCCUCAGAGCCUCUAUGUCACUGGCUUCCAAGUAGAAAGUGGCAAUACAUAUAGCUGCCCUGAGGAAUCGCCAUUGAAUGGGCUGAACAAUCUCCUGGCAGAGUAUAAUGAGGGUCACCCCAAGUCCUACAUCCUCACUGUUGACAAAGAUGUGAAGUUAGCUGAAACAGGAAAGAUCUGGGUAGAUGAGGACGGGGUGGAUUACAACCCCAAAAAGUAACGCCACCAGGGAACCUCCUGUAUCUUAACCCCCUUUAUUAAUCACAGAUGAAACUACAUACAAAUGAUUCAUAAAAAAUAAAGACAGAAUAAAUCACAGAUUUGUAGUGCUUCAAGAUACAGUCUGAGUGUAUGGUAGAAAUGAGCAAUGUAAUCACUGUAGUUUUUUGACAAAUAAAUACAUGUUACCAAACUGAGAAAAUGUUAGUAUGUGUUCUGUAAGAUGUUAUUAUGACAAGUAACGUAGUGUGUGUGUGUGUGUGUGUGUGUGUGUGUGUGUGUGAUUACAUCACAUGAUUGGGGUUGUUACCAGAUAUCCUACAUACUGAUACUUAUUUUAACAGAGGUCAACAACACAAAAUUGUAAUCAAAGUUUUAUUUCUAAGGUUGUAGUCAUGAUAUUUCAAGAGUACAGAGUGAUGGUGCAAUACACUUACAGGCAGCACAAAUAUAUAUAGCGGAGAAAAGCCUGCACAUUUCCUCAAUACUGUCAUGGAUCCCCCCGGUACUGCUGCUCAUACCGUUCACCAGUUCCAGAGGUCUACGUCACCGGCUUUCUAGGCGUCACUGACAUACAUUAUUACUACCAACCACAGACUGUCUUGUCUCAUUACGCACACCUGGUUCCCAUUCCCUCUUGAUUAGUUUGUGUAUAUAUGUGCCCUCUGUUCCCCAUUGUCCUUGUCGAUUAUUGUCCCAUGUCCAUUGGUCUCGUGAGUACCAUGUAUUGUGCUCUUGGUAUUACGGGUCUCGUCCCAUGUAUUGUUUAGAGAUUGCGCUCUGCCAUGUAUUGUUUAGAGAUUGCGCUCUGGUUAUUACGGGUCACGUCCCAUGUAUUGUUUAGAGAUUGCGCUCUGGUUAUUGCGGGUCUCGUCCUAUGUAUUGUUUAGAGGUUUACACACCUCUCUUUUGUUUGGGUUACAUCCCUGUGUAAUAUAUAUAUAUAUAUAUACGUGUUUGUUUUGGGCUUCGUCCCUGUCGUUGUUCAUGACGUACCUUGUGUUGGGUCGAGAAAAUAAUACCCCUACUACUUAUUUCUGCGCCUGUCUUCAAAUCCUUAUACAAUGUGACAAUUACAUUGGAUUUGAAAAUCAUGUGAACUAGAAUGUAAGAUACAGUGCAUUCGGAAAGUGUUCAGACCCAUUUACAUUUUCUUAGGUUACAGCCUUAUUCUAAAAUUGAUUAAAUACUUUUUUCCUCAUCAAUCUUCACAAAAUACCCCAUAAUGACAAAGCAAAAACAGGUUUUUAGACAUUUUUGCAAAUGUAUUAAAAAUAAAAAACUGAAAUACCCUAUUUACAUACAGUGGGGAAAACAAGUAUUUAGUCAGCCACCAAUUGUGCAAGUUCUCCCACUUAAAAAGAUGAGAGAGGCCUGUAAUUUUCAUCAUAGGUACAUAGACCCUUUGCUAUGAGACUCGAAAUUGAGCUCAGGUGCAUCCUGUUUCCAUUGAUCAUCCUUGAGAUGUUUCUAUAACUUGAUUGGAGUCCACCUGUGGUAACUUCAAUUGAUUGGACAUGAUUUGGAAAGGCACACACCUGUCCAUAUAAGGUCCCACAGUUGACAGUGCAUGUCAGAGCAAAAACCAAGCCGGUAGGUCCAACGAAUUGUCCGUAGAGCUCCGAGACUGGAUUGUGUCGAGGCACAGAUCUGGGGAAGGGUGCCAAAACAUUUCUGCAGCAUUGAAGGACCCUUACGGUGAAGCAUGGUGGUGGAAGCAUCAUGCUGUGGGGAUGUUUUUCAGUGGCAGGGACUGGGAGACUAGUCAAGAUCGAGGGAAAGAUGAACGGAGCAAAGUACAGAGAGAUCCUUGAUGAAGACCUGCUCCAGAGCGCUCAGGACCUCAGACUGGGGCAAAGGUUCACCUUCCAACAGUACAAUGACCCUAAGCAUACAGCCAAGACAACGCAGGAGUGGCUUCAUGACAAGUCUCUGAAUCUCCUUGAGUGACCCAGCCAGAGCCUGGAUUUGAACCCGAUCAAACAUUUCUGUAGAGACCUGAAAAUAGCUGUGCAGCGACGCUCCCCAUCCAACCUGACAGAGCUUGAGAGGAUCUGCAGAGAAGAAAUUGAGAAACUCCCCAAAUACAUGUGUGCCAAGCUUGUAGCGUGGCGUCAUUGUGUUUGGACCACAAUAGGUCCUUAGUGAUGUGGACACCAAGGAACUUGAAGCUCUCUACCCGCUCCAGUACGGCCCACUCGAUGUGAAUGGGGGCGUGCUCAGUUCCCCUGUAGUCCACAAUCAUCUCCUUUGUCUUGAUCACGUUGAGGGAGAGGUUGUUGUCCUGGCACCACACGGCCAGGUCUCUGAUCUUCUCCCUAUAGGCUGUCUCAUCGUUGUCUGUAAUCAGGCCACUGUUGUGUUGUCGGCAAACUUAAUGAUGAUGUUGGAGUCGUGCCUGGCCAUGCAGUCAUGGGUGAACAGGGAGUACAGGAGGGGACUGAGCACACACCCCUGAGGGACCCCUGUGUUGAGGAUCAGCGUGGCAGAUGUGUUGUUACCUACCCUUACCACCUGGGGGGCGGCCUGUCAGGAAGUCCAGGAUCCAGUUGCAAAGGGAGAUGUUUAGUCCCAGGGUCCUUAGCUUAGUGAUGAGCUUUGAGGGCACUAUGGUGUUGAACGCUGAGCUGUAGUCAAUGAAUAGCCUUCUCAUGUAGGUGUUCCUCUUGUCCAGGUGGGAAAGGGCAGUGUGGAGUGCAAUAGAGAUUGCAUAAUCUGUGGAUCUGUUGGGGCGGUAUGCAAAUUGUAGUGGGUCUAGGGUUUCUGGGAUAAUGGUGUUGAUGUGAGCCAUGACCAGCCUUUCAAAGCACUUCAUGGCUACAGACGUGAGUGCUACGGGUCGACAGUCAUUUAGGUAGGUUAUCUUAGUGUUCUUGGGCACAGGGACUAUGGUGGUCUGCUUGAAACAUGUUGGUAUUACAGUCUCAGUCAGGGACAUGUUGAAAAUGACACUUGCCAGUUUGUCAGCGCAUGCUCGGAGUGCAGGUCCUGGUAAUCCAUCUGCUUAAAUGUCUUACUCACAUCGGCAACGGAGAGCGUGAUCACAUAGUCAUCCAGAACAGCUGAUGUUCUCAUGCAUGCUUCAGUGUUUCUUGCAUCGAAGCGAGCAUAGAAGUGAUUUAGCUCGUAUGAUAGGCUUGUGUCACUGGGCAGCUCACACCUUUGUAGUCUGUAAUAGUUUUCAAGCCCUGCCACAUACGACGAGCGUCAGAGCCGGUGUAGUACGAUUCAAUCUAAGUUCUGUAUUGACUCUUUGCCUCUUUGAUGGUUCGUCGGAGGGCAUAGCGGGAUUUCUUAUAGGCGUCCUGGUUAGAGUCCCACUCCUUGAAAGCGGCAUCUCUAGCCUUUAGCUAAGUGCGGAUGUUGCCUGUCAUACAUGGCUUCUGGUUGGGAUAUGUACGUAUGGUCACUGUGGGGACAACGUCGUCGAUGGACUUUAAUGAGGCCGGUGACUGAUGGGGUAUACUCCUCAAUGCCAUCGGAUGAAUCCUGGAACAUAUUCCAGUCUGUGCAAGCAAAAGAGUCCUGUAGCUUAGCAUCCGCUUCAUCUGACCACUUCCAUAUUAAGAGCGUCACGGGUACUUCCUGUUUGAGUUUUGCUUGUCUUUUUUUGUUUAUUUUUAAAUCAUUACUGUAUGUCUAAUAAAUCACAGUAUGUGUUUAUUUAAUGAAAAUAACGCCAAAUAUGUUGUAUAAUUUAUUUCCCUCAGCCUCAAUAUACUUUAAAAUGACUAAAACCAAAUCGAAACUGUUUAGAAAUUACAAUGGACCUAUAUACAUUCAUACUGUUUCUUUACUGUGUCUUGCUUGCUAAUAAUCACCUAGAUAGUCAGGGAUCAUUGAAAAUUCCAAAAAACAGUGCAGCCCUCCGGACCUCGUUGAAGACCGAAGGCUACCCCUGGGGGAAAAUGCUUUAGAGCCUACCCUGCUUACACCUUCAACAUAGGACGACACAUAUGAAAAUAAAAGAUGACUGAUCAUUGGUCAGAAUAUUCAGAUCAGAUUGUGAUGUCAUACUGUGGGACAAAAACUCCAUCCCAUCUGAACAGGCUGAACAGCAGUUUUCUUUUUUUUUUUUUUUUUUUUUACAAAAAGCUCUUACACUAAAAAGACAUUAUCAUAAUUGUCACAAUUUUAGUGUUAUUUCGACCUCAUAGUGUGGAAUUAUCAUGUGGAAAAAAACAGGAAAAUCCUAAUUUUGACUGCAGUGCCCCUUAAACUUAUAAAAUAGUGAGCUUCCCCUUUAAUACAGUAAGUCCCCUCUGUUUUCCUAUCCCAGGUGAGAAGCCCCAUGUGUGCCAGGUGUGUGGCAAAGCCUUCAGCCAGAGCUCCAACCUCAUCACUAGCAGCUGUCAGCACAAUGCCAACCAGCCCUAACACUGACCCCGCUGCCUCUUCUUCUUCCAACGCAAACUGGACCUGAGACAGCACCAGGAUAACCACUGCACAUAGAUUUUCAAGCUAAGAUCCUGCUUCCAGCUGAUUUGAGAUCAGUUUUAACAAGCAAGAGAACCACUACUCAUAGAUAGCAACUCAGAGACUCUCACAUGGUUGCUAAUUUUUGCAUUCUUAGGCUGAUCAUCGUUUUAUUAUUUUAGGCGAUCAAAGAUCAAACUCCCUUGAUUGUCAGUGAUUUACCUGUCGGGGUAGUUCAGUGCUUCUCAAUUAUUUUCUGUUACGCCCCCCCUAGGAAGAAGUAAACAUUUCGCGCCCCCCAACUCUCCGCCGCGACUGUAAAUAGUAUAAUUAGUCUAUAAAAUUGUUAUAUGUACACCUCUGCAUAACAUUGUAUCCUUAUUAACAUUAAAGAAAAUAAAAAAGAAAGAAAUAUAGAUCAACUUACAACAAAGAAUAACUUUAUUAACAUUGUAACAGAAAAUACUUAAAGUGCAUCAAUUUGCCUGAAAUUUUAAAAAAAUGCAACCCUUAUUUAAACUGUAAACAUUUUUUGACCAUUUGAUACUGAAAAAUAAAAUAAAAUAUAAUCAAUAAAUAACAAUACAUUCAAAUUGAUCAGCAACAUUAACUCAGGAGCACAAUAUAUGAAACACUUUGACCUAUAAAACAAAAAUGAAUAAAACAAUUUGAGCUGAUUAUUAUUUUUUUUAAUAUAAAAAUGAGGAAGUCAGGAUUAAUGGCUACAAUGAGCACGUUUUGCAGUGCACAGCUUUUCGAAGCAGGGUUUGAAGCAUGAUACUGCAACUCUCAGCUCCUGCUCAAUGUUUAGCUGGGACCUGUACUUGGUCUUCAGUGCAGCAACAGCAGAGAAGCCAGUCUCACAAAGAGAGGCAGUAUCCACUCUUAGCCCUCUGCCCUAAGAGUGGAUACUGCCUCUCUACACUCAGCCAGAAUUCACUCAGUGUCUGUGAUGUGAACCUCAGUCUCAAUGUGGAGUCAGACGUGAUAUCAAUGAACUGGUCCUCCUCUGCAGAGCUGAAACCAGUUGGAGCUGGUGCAUUGAAAUGAUCUCUCACCCAGUCAUAUUGGGAACUGUUUUCAGGGAAGUACUUUUUAAAGAAUCCCAUCAGUGAUGAAAUAUGCUCCUUAAUAUAUGGAAUCACUGAGGUGGCAUCAUAGUCAGUAGUGUCAACAAAUUCAUGCAGGUUCUCGAAUGAAUCAGUAUUUCCUUCAUCAAGUCGCCUGCCCCACAUUGCAAGCUUUCGAGUGAAAGAGCUGAUCUUGUCUGUGACCUGAGGGAGGUGUUUAUCUUUCCCUUGAAGCUGUAUAUUUAGUUCAUUUAGCUUUCCAAAUAUGUCACUCAGGUAGGCCAGCUUUGCCAGGAAGUUCUCAUCACUACAUUUUUCUGCGAGGUCAUACUUGUGCUCCUGCUCCGAAAACAUUCUUAUCUGCUCUCUGAGCUCAAAAACUCGGGACAAGACGUUUCCUCAUGACAGCCACCUUGCUUCACUGUUAAACAGCACAGCUUGAUGUUCAGCUCCCAUCUCCUCACAGAUAGCAGAGAAGACUCUUGUUUUUAGUGGUCUGGUCUUUAUGAAAUUGACUACACCUACAAUGUCAGUCAUAACCUCACUUAAUUCAGAGGAAAGGUGCCUUGAUGCCAGUGCUUCUCUGUGUAUAACACAGUGUGUCCACUCAGCAUUAGGUGAGGCCUUCUUGAUGAGUGCCCGAAGUCCUUUUCUCAUCCCUGCCAUGGUCUGUGCACCAUCACUGCAAACACCAAUGCAGUUCUCCCACUUUAGCCCAUUCUCAGUCAGGAAGUAGUCCAGCAUAUUGAAUAGCUCUUCAGCUGUGGCUCUGUCUCUGACAUAUUUACAAAAAAGUAGAUCCUCACACAGGGAGUUUGUCAUGUCACUCUCUCUGUCAGCGCUACCCUAUAAAAGCAGACACAUCUCUCCACUCUGCACUAGAACACCUGAUUACUGCAACCUUCAAGCGCACCACUGCACCGAGGAAGAACACACAGACACAGGUAAAUACAUUAUUUUAAAUACAUGCCUAAGGUUUAGGUUUUAAAAUCACUAUUGGCCUCAUGAUAAUCUCGGCCCCAGGACUAAUUGCUACAGAGAGCUUUAUGGUGACAUGCACUACCAGUCAAAAGUAUGGACACACCUACUCAUUCAAGUUUUCUUUAUUUUUUUUUUACAUUGUAGAAUAAUAGUGAAGACAUCAAAACUAUGAAAUAACACAUAUGGAAUCAUGUAGUAACCAAAAAAGUGUUAAACAAUUCCAAAUAUAUUUUAUAUUUGAGAUUCUUCAAAUAGCCACCCUUUGCCUUAAUGACAGCUUUGCACACUCUUGGCAUUCUCUCAACCAGCUUCAUGAGGUAGUCACCUGGAAUGCAUUUCAAUUAACAGGUGUGCCUUCUUAAAUGUUAAUUUGUGGAAUUUAUUUUCUUCUUAAUGCAUUUGAAUCAAUCAGUUGUGUUGUGACAAGGUGGGGGGGGGGGGGGGGUUUACAGAAGAUAGCUCUAUUUGGUAAAAGACCAAGUCCAUAUUAUGGCCAGAACAGCUCAAAUAAGCAAAUUAUAUUAUAUUUGUUAUUUAUUUAACCUUUAUUUAACUAGGCAAGUCAGUUAAGAACAAAUUCUUAUUUACAAUGACGGCCUACACCGGCCAAACCCGGACGACGCUGGGCCAAUUGUGUGCCACCCUAUGGGACUUCCAAUCACGGCCGGUUGUGAUACAGCCUGGAAUCGAUUGGUUAAAACCGCAUUCCAGCCGGUGUCUGUUCCACAAGUUACCACCAGCUAAAUCUAUGACGUUAAAAUGCCUAUUUACACUGUUCCAUCUGACUGCGCAAUCUACUGUCUCAUCAACCCAGUCAGGCACUUUAUAAACUUGAUCUCCACUAUAAAAAAGGAUCUAGACAUUAUCUCACAUUUCUUUUAGACUAACAUUUAGUUUUCAACAGUGGAGAUUUGUAUAAACCUUGCUGUCUGUCUCCGACAUUUGCAACAUUGUUUCAUUAUUCAAAUUCGAUCUCCUGCUGUUCCAUAAUAUUGAACGUGUCGGGCAUCAUUUUUAUGGAUAUAUACAAAAGAAAUAUCCAUUGAAAAAAGGUAAAACGAAACUUAGCUAAUGUGCAGUCUUUCCAGCUUCAGUUUGAAGUGAUUGUGUUACUGUAGCUGUGUUGUUGGCUACUAAUGGCUAGCUCCUCUGAACAAGUGUCCUGAUGAGUGAGCGCAUUCUCUAUGCCAGUUGAAAUCGCGAAUCAUUAGCUCAUUGUUACGGAUGUAUCCAAAUAAAUGUCACUAGAAAACAGCUUAAACAAAUGCAAAUGCAGCUAGUUUGCUGGCUGUUAUUCUGGCUGAACUUUUUGACAUAACUGUAAAUUAGCCGUAGUUGGCUAGCUAGCAAACAAGGGAUAAGAACGUUGCCAGUCAGUAUGGCAAUGGAACAUUUUGAAUGAACGACUGGGUCGGGUCCAUACAUACAGAACAAAAAGAACGAACGACUGGGUCGCUUCUCUAGCAACCCUAGAUUUGUGUCGGGACUAUAUCUUGUGGAAGGAUGAAAUAGUACGAAUAAAUUAAUCAAAAUAACGUUUUUAAUGAAAAUAUGUAAAUCAGUAUUUGAAUAUGUUGGUAACCUGUUGUAUAAAAGUGAUAAUGCCCUCGAAGCCGGUGUUUGUUGGAUAUAUUGGCACGGUUUGUCGGCCCUCGACUUCAUCUCGGGUAUCUUAGUAUCUUCAAUGCAUGUUGUACCCUGCUUAACAUUUGCAUUUGGAACAUCUCAUUCUCUCUCUUCCUCUCACCCUCUUUCUCGCUUUCUCUCCUCUCUAUAGUAGCAGCAAUGGGAGGAAAUCAAAGCAUCACUGUGAUCACUGUGAACCGGUGCUCCAGUCAUUCAGGUAUGUAACCCUAUCCAACAGGAGGGACUGUAUAAAUAAAUGAAUAAAUAAAUACAUUAAUAUUUUAUUGUUGUGCCACGUGGCCCAUUCCACAUGGGAUUAUAACACACAUUGAUAUUAGACAUGUCAAAGCAUAAAGUUUUGUUGAUCAUAGCAUUGUUCUCAGCAAACUCCUAAUACUGACAACCACAUUUAUUUCAAAACUGUCCAAUGACUCUCUCUCUUUCUCUUAGCUCAACCAAAUACUCCCCAAAAAACUUUAUUACCCAGCAUCACCAUAGCCAACGUUACAGGCGGCAAGGUGCGUCUCUACUACAAUACAGUGCAGAUGGAUCUCAGUGACCUCAUCGAGGGGAGUCAACUCAAGGACAGCGACUCCAUCCUCAUCCUGGAAGGCACCAUUGAGAAGACCCCCCUCCCUCAGAACCUCUAUGUCACUGGCUUCCAAGUAGAAAGUGACAAUACACAUAGUUGCCUCGAGAAAUCUCCACUUUAUGGGCUGAACAACUUCCUGGCAGAGUAUGCUGAGGGUCACCCCAAGUCCUACAUCCUCACUGUCGACAAAGAGGUGAAGUUCGCCAAGACCGGAGAGAUCUGGGUGGAUGAGGACGGGGUGGAUCACACCCCCAAAAAGUAA